CCUUUCCGGAGGGCUUCCUGGGGGCAUCUGCCUUUCCAGGGUCAGGCCUUUCCGGAGGGCUUCCUGGGGGUAGUGCCGCUCAUGGGCGAGGGGUGCGGCCUCUUCUGGUGAACCUGGCCCGCCGGAGGCGGGUGGCCUCGCUGCUGCGCCCAGGCACUUUCUCAGUCGGGCUUUGGGUGACCAGACGCGCUUGUCUUUGGCGGAACCACUGAACUCGUCGGUCAGCCAGGAGUGGGUGAAUCACUCCAGUGAGUGAGCGUCGGCUGUGUUCCGGAUGAUUCGAGACCUCGACUGUUUCCUCUGCGCCGGGGUUGGAGUAGCAGAUAAGACCCCGCUCAGGUGGGCUUCCGGCUGGCGGGGGACAUGGGCGGUGAUCUGCAGACAGAGAAGCGUCGCUUUACGCGCCGUGCCGUCUUGCGGAGGCUAGGAGAGCAGAGUGCGAUGCCAGAAGGGGCAUUUCUGCCAGAGACGGGGGCCCGGAAGGGAAGCAGGGACCGAGUGUGGUAGACCAGAUGGCGCUCGGGCGAGGCGGGUCUUGGAGGAGGCUGUGGCGGCUGAGAGCGGAGGAGGUCAGGGGCCCCGCAGGGCCUGCAUGGCCGCGGAGCUGGAUGGAAGAGGCAGCUGCAGGUGCUUGGCACAUUUGGGUUUCACUGGGACCCCUCAGCCCUGCUCUGUGUGGUCAGUUUUGCAACCGUGGCGCUGGGGGUGGCGAUGGCGAGCCCUCCAUGUGUCCUCCUUGGGGACCUGGGCUGACAGAGCAUGGGAGGGCUCGGGGUGGAGCUGCAGAUCUGUGGCGAGCCCGGCCAGGGCUAGAAGCGAGAAGAGGGGACCGGCUAAGGGGUGGGCUAGAUUCAGAGUUCUGGGACAACUCUGUGGGCAGCCAGGGAGCUUUGGGAAAAGACGCCCUGACCGGCUUUGCCAAGAUCCAUGCCGAGGUAAUGAGCUCAGGUUGGACCAGGGAGGUACAGGGUAGCGGCGGCAGGAGACGAGGGAGCUGGGGACCCGUUCAGGGUGCUGGCGAGUUGACGUGGGGUCACUGCCGUGAAGUUGCACGGGACGUGCUGGGGCAGGAAGAUCCCGUCGGGGCCCGGACGCCACUACCUUGGUUGUGGGCAGCCAGGGCCAGUGACCGCUCUGGAUCGAGCUGGCGCGUUGAGAGUGGCCUGGAAAUGGAGCUGCCGAGCAAGGCGGGCCUGCGCCUGCGCCAGCCUCUGCCCUGGGAGACGCGAGGACGGGGAGCCUCCCAGGUGGAAGGGCGGCGCCUGGGGAAGAAUGAGGCCCGAGGCUCGGCUGGUGGCGGCUGCGGUGGGGCUGGCAGAGUGGUGCGGCCAUGGGACAGGGCCGCUGUACCAACUGCUGCCUCCGAGGACGUCCGGACACUGUGGCUGCCUUGGGAACGUCGUGCCGGCCCUGAGGAGACCCGGGGAGGAAGGGCUUGUCGGCCAGGACGCCGUGCGCACCCCGCUGAGACCCCGCUUUGGGAAGCGGCCCUGGUUCUGCCCCCUGCACCUGUCAGCAGCCGCAAGGCUUCCAGGGACGGAGGACUGGCUGCACCCAUGCCAUCCCACGCCGAGGUGUCAAAUUCUGCCUCGGAGGGUUUCCUGGGCCUGGGCUGUUUCUGAGGUAGGUGCCCGGAUGGCUGAGCCCACAGCAAGCGCUUUCUUGGAGAAGCAUGUCACUGGCCCUCACCUAGCAUCCACCUGGCCCUGAGUCCACUUUCCGGCCACUGGCCAUUUGGGGAUGAGCUAGAGAGGCUGUGAGGGGCCCUGCUUUUGAAACGACUAACACUGAAAUCCAGACUUGGAGGUCGGCCAGACUAGCCAGCUGCCGGAGCCCAGGGGAGAGCAGGAAGCGGGCGCUGGCCGCUGGCUCCUGGCCCGCGGCUGCCGCACCUGUCCAGGAGCUUCUCCGUAGUGGCCCCCUGUGCGUCUGCUCUCCGCACGGUUCUGCCCGGGCGCCAUGCUUCACGACUACCUCGCAGCUACUUCUUCGCACUACCGCCCUGCAUGGCCAGCCUGGCACGGGCGUCCCUGUGCUCCCUAACCUGGGUUGGAGAACCAGGGGGUGGCAGGGCACAUGCACUCGGUGUGGGCCUUGGCCAGCUGGCCCAGUCCUCCUCAGUGUCCCGUCCACCCUCAGAGGCCACCCCCAGGCUGCCCAGACUGCGUAGCCGCGUGGACGCAGGAAGCUGAGAGCGGCGCCGCCUCGCGGUACGCGGAGGGAGGUUGUCCGUGGCCCUCCCUGGUGGCGCAGCAGGUUAAAGCACAGC